CGGUGGUGACGCGGAAGUGUCGCGCGGCGGGCGCUGACGUGUCGGCGCGGGCGCGGGCGCGGGGGGAUGCGGGCGCUGAUCCUGGUGGGCGGCUUCGGGACGCGGCUGCGGCCGCUGACCCUGAGCCGGCCGAAGCCGCUGGUGGAGUUCUGCAACAAGGCGCUGCUGCUGCACCAGCUGGAGGCCCUGCGGCAGGCCGGCGUCAGCCAUGUGGUGCUGGCGGUGAGCUACAUGUCGGAGGCGCUGGGGGCCGCCAUGCGGGAGCAGGAGCAGAGGCUCGGCAUCCGCAUCUCCCUGUCCCACGAGAAGGAGCCGCUAGGCACGGCGGGGCCGCUGGCGCUGGCGCGGGACCUGCUGGCCGAGGGCGGGGAGCCCUUCUUUGUCCUCAACAGCGACGUGAUCUGCGAGUUCCCCUUCGCGGCGCUGGCCCAUUUCCACCGGCAGCACGGCGGUGAGGGCUCGCUGGUGGUCACCCGCGUGGAGGAGCCAGCCAAGUACGGCGUGGUGGUGAGCGAGGCCGACACCGGCCGCAUCUGCCGCUUCGUGGAGAAGCCGCGCGUCUUUGUGUCCAACAAGAUCAACGCCGGGCUCUACAUCUUCAGCCCCGGCAUCCUGCAACGCAUCCAGCUGCGCCCUACCUCCAUUGAGAAGGAGAUCUUCCCAGCCAUGGCCCAGGAGGGGCAGCUCUAUGCCAUGGAGCUGCAAGGCUUCUGGAUGGACAUCGGGCAGCCAAAGGACUUCCUCACGGGCAUGUGCAUGUACCUGCAGGCGCUGCGGGCUCAGCACCCUGAGAAGCUGCACUCGGGGCCUGGUGUCGUAGGGAACGUGCUGGUGGACCCCAGCGCAAAGAUCGGGGCAAACUGCGUCAUCGGCCCCAAUGUGACGAUUGGGGCCGGCGUGGUGGUGGAGGACGGAGUGCGCAUCAAACGCUGCACCGUGCUGAAGGGGGCCCGCAUCCGCUCACACUCCUGGCUGGAGUCCUGCAUCGUGGGCUGGAGCUGCUCUGUGGGGCAGUGGGUUCGCAUGGAGAACGUGACAGUGCUGGGUGAGGAUGUCAUCGUCAAUGACGAGCUCUACCUCAAUGGGGCCAACGUGCUGCCACACAAGUCCAUUGCCGAGUCUGUGCCAGAGCCGCGCAUCAUCAUGUAGCAGCCCCUGGUGGGCCCUGCGCUCCCGGCUCUGCUUCGAUUAAAUAUUUAUAUUUCCACCUACUGCUGAGCAUCAUCUGAGUGUCGCCCAACUGCUGGGUUGCUUGCCAGGGCCAGCGUGGCUUCCCCUC